UUACGAUUAUUAUCGGUCGCAACCAUACAUUUCCCGGCACGGGUAUACAAACUGUUCCCCACUUUCCCAAUGCGAUAUCUGUCCUAAAAUGGAGUCUUCUGCAUGCCGUGUUUGUUUGGAGGACAAGGAGAACAUGCUAAACGUCUUCCAAGCGACACCGGCAACCGGGAUUUUAGCGCGCAUGAUUUCCCAUUGGAGCGGCUACCCAGUCAUGCCGCAGGAUCCCUUUCCCAAGACCAUUGGCUUAUCCUGUGUGCAGGAUGCGCACAGUGCCUACCAGAUGGACCACGCGCACUGGCAAGAGCACUCGGUGAAGGAGGAUGUAACGGAGGAGGUAGCGGAGGAGGAGAAGGAGCGAAUCAGUUCGAUAUCCAAGUGAAGGAGGAAACAAUCGAUGACAGUCACUGCGUGCUGGAGCCAAUCGAUGAUCUUUGGAAUUCCGGGGGGGAUUCACACGGCAGGUAACCAGGCUCCAUCGCACGUGAGGAACGAGCCACUGGUGGAGAACGAUGAGAAUGCCUGGCCCAACUCAAACUCCAACUGGAAUGGCAAUGUCAGCAAGAGUAGCGCGCAGCAGAAACCCAAUAAGAAUAAGAAAAAGAAUAAUAAUAAUAAGAAGAAUAAGGCUCCCAUGUGGCUUCAUACCGAUGAACGACCUUACAAGCGUUCCCAGUACUCCAAGUCCUACUCACACUGCCGCAGUCUUAGGCGCCAUGAGAAAGUACACAGGACGGAACCUGCAGUUGGGUUCAGGAAGCGGAAAUGAGCCAAAGGGAUAGGCUAAAAGACUUAUGCAACGUAUUACCAAAGUUUAGAGAUCUCCGGAAUGCGGACACCUACAAAGUUACCUUAUAAUGAUUAUAUAGUGUUUAUAUAUGGAUUUUUUU